AUGAAAAAAGCAAGAUCCUUUGAUUUCAUGGCCAUGUUCCAAGAAGCAAGGAAAACUGCCCUGGAAAGAACAAAAAUUGAAGAUAACAAUGACAAAGAUGGUAAAAGCAAGCCAGGACAGAAUAUAAAGACUCAGGAUAGAUUAAAAAAGAAUUCUUUUUCAGAAUCUCAAAGUGGUAGUCAGGCAGCAAAUCUUGUUGCUGAUUCAGCAGGUAAUGCAGAGUUAGCAGAAAAUAGUGAUGAAGACAUUGGUCCACCAUUACCCCCUGGGUUUAAACCGAUUUCCACUGCUACAUCCAAAGGAAAUUCACCUUCAGCACAGCAGUUAAAAUCAUCAGCCUCCAAGAGUAACUCAAGUGAUAGUGAAGAUGACUCUGAUAUAGGUCCACCUUUGCCUCCUGGUUUUGUUCCAUUAGGAGAUUCUGGAUCACAGAAUACAGGUGGUCAGAAAAGUAGUGAAAGAGCGCCUGAAGACAACAGCAGUGGUAAUGUUAAGUUGACCCAUUUAGCUGAUGAAGAUCAAGAUGAUAUGGAUGGAGAAGAUGAAGACCCUGCCGAAGAUGAAGAUGAAAAUCCACUGAAUAAGAUUCCCUCCAGUCAUGAAAUUGUUCUAGAACAUGGCCACAAAACUAUCUCUGCUCUGGCUUUAGAUCCCUCAGGAGCUCGUCUUGUGACAGGUAGCUUUGAUUUUGAUGUCAAGCUGUGGGACUUUGCUGGCAUGGACGCUUCUGUGAAAAGUUUCAGAUCCCUGAGACCCUGUGAAUGUCAUCAGAUCAAAGGACUGGAAUACAGCAUCACUGGUGACACUCUGCUGGUAAUAUCAGGCAACGCCCAAGCCAAAAUAAUCGACAGAGAUGGGUUUGAGGUCAUGGAGUGUGUCAAGGGAGAUCAGUAUUUGGUGGACCAGGCAAGCACAAAGGGACACACAGCAUCUCUGAACAGUGGCUGCUGGAAUCCAAAAUUACGAGAAGAGUUUCUCACCUGUUCUAAUGACUGCACUCUUCGUCUGUGGGAUAUCAACAAACAACAAAAGCAUAAAAAUAUCAUAAAGACCAAAACUGUAGGUGGACGAAAGACAGUGCCUACAGCAUGUACCUACAGUAAUGAUGGACGCUACAUUGUGGCAGGCUGCAAUGAUGGUUCUAUCCAACUGUGGGAUCACAGCAAACACUCUUUUGUAAAUGUGGCAAUGCAAAACAAACAUGCACAUGGAAGUCAGUCAGAUAUCACGUGCCUGAGGUUUUCUUAUGAUGGCACUACAUUGGCAUCAAGAAGUGGUGAUCAGACACUGAAGCUGUGGGAUCUUAGAAAGUUUCAACAGCCUUUGGGAACAGCCAGUGGUUUGAAAAAUUACUUUCCAAUGACUGACUGUCUGUUUAGUCCAGAUGAUAGACUACUGGUGACAGGGAUCUCAUUGGACAAAAAUGAAACUGAAGGGAAAAUUGUGUUCCUGGACAGGCAGUCAUUGAAAGUUGUCAAAGAGAUGCACGUGUCUAAUUCUAGUACAGUUCGUAUCCUGUGGCAUCCAAGACUGAAUCAGAUGGUAGUAGGCUGUGGGGAUGGAAGCGCUAAGCUGUACUAUGAUCCACAGAAAAGCCAUAGGGGUGCGAUGCUCUGUGUCAUAAAGAAGGAAAGGAAAGUCAAACAGGCAGAGAUUAUGGCAGCUCAGAAUAUUAUUACACCCUACGCACUUCCCAUGUUCAGACAAGGCAGGCCAACAAGUACAAGAAAGCAAGAAGAAAAAGUGAGGAAAGACCCGGUCAAAAGUCAUAGGCCUGAUUUACCAGUGAUAGGUCCAGGUACUGGAGGUCGUGUGGGUGCAAAGGGAGCCACAUUAUCCCAGUAUGUCGCUCAACAGAUUGCUUCCAGAAAAGCAGAUCCAUAUGAGAAAGAUCCACGAGGGGCUAUUUUGCGACAUGCCAAAGAAGCUGCUGAGAAUCCAUACUGGGUUGAUCCAGCAUACAAAAAAACUCAGCCAACGCCAAUGUUCCAGUUACCUGAUACUGAUGAUGAUGAAAAGAAGGAUGAUGAUGAUCAAGGCCCUUUGUGGAAAAAGAAGAAAACGACAUGA